AUGAACCACACAAUGAUCACAGAGUUUGUCCUCCUAGGCCUUUCUGAUGACCCUCACCUUCAAGUUGUGAUUUUCCUCUUCUUAAUUAUCACUUACAUAUUAAGUGUCGCUGGAAACAUGACCAUCAUCACCCUAACCUUGCUGGACCCCCAUCUUCAGACACCCAUGUAUUUCUUCCUACGCAACUUCUCUUUCUUAGAAAUCGCAUUCACAACCGUCUGCAUCCCUAGAUUUCUAGGGGCAAUUAUCACGAGGGAUAAGACUAUCUCCUACAACAACUGUGCAGCCCAAUUAUUUUUCUUUAUCUUCAUGGGGGUGACUGAGUUCUACCUCCUGACAGCCAUGUCCUACGACCGCUACGUGGCCAUCUGCAAGCCCCUGCACUACACCACCAUCAUGAGCAGGAGGCUGUGCACGCUGCUGGUGGCCUGCGCCUGGGUGGGCGCCUUCCUGACAGUGUUCCCCCCCAUCGUGCUUCUCCUGCAGCUGGAUUACUGUGCUUCCAAUGUCAUCGACCACUUUUCGUGUGACUUUUUCCCCAUUUUACAACUGUCUUGCUCAGAUACGUGGCUCCUCGAAGUGAUUGUGUUUUAUCUUGCUUUGGUAACUUUACUGUCCACUUUGGCAUUAGUCAUUUUAUCUUAUAUCUUUAUCAUCAGAACUAUUUUGAGAUUCCCAUCUGCCAGUCAGAGAAAAAAGGCUUUCUCCACCUGUUCCUCUCACAUGAUUGUCAUUUCCAUCUCUUAUGGAAGCUGCAUAUUCAUGUAUGCUAACCCCUCUGCAAAAGAAAAGGCAUCACUGACCAAAGGGGUGGCUGUUCUCAACACCUCCGUUGCCCCCAUGCUGAACCCCUUCAUUUACAGCCUGAGAAACCAGCAAGUCAAACAAGCCUUCAGAGAUGUGAUCCGUAAAGUAGUGUUUUCCGCAAGUAAAUGA